AUAACCCAUUUCGAAAUAAAUUGAAUUCCUAGAACGAUAUCGGAGACCCUCGUCGCACCGGAAGAUUCGGAUUCGUAUUCUCUUUCCACCGAUCCACCGAAUCGAAUUGCAAUCCCAGAAUUCGAAAUAGCACCAAGUAAAUUUUCUCCUAAAAUUCUAGGGUUUUGUUUGUGUUGGAGAGUCGGCAGUUUGAGGAAUUGUUUUUAUUUUUAUUUUUCAUGUACAAUUAUAUAUUCUAUCGGUGUAGUUUCGAAUAAUUAAGGUUGGAUUCCGCCGAUCGUCGAUUUGAUUGGAGGGUUUUAGAGAGGAAUUAGCAGAAUGUUUAACGGAAUGAUGAUGGAUCCGGAGCUGAUGAGAAUGGCUCAGGAGCAGAUGAGUCGCAUGUCGCCAGCUGAUUUUGCUCGGAUUCAGCAGCAGAUGAUGUCGAAUCCAAACUUGAUGAGAAUGGCUUCUGAAGGCAUGCAAAAUUUGAGGCCUGAAGACUUAAAAUUUGCUGCAGAACAGUUGAAGCAAACUCGUCCAGAGGAUAUAGCUGAGAUUGGUGAGAAGAUGGCGAAUGCCUCGCCUGAGGAAGUAGCUGCAAUGAGGGCACAGAUGGAUGCACAGAUGACAUAUACAAUCAAUGCAGCAGAGAUGCUAAAAAAACAGGGGAAUGAACUUCACAGUCAAGGAAUGUACAAAAAUGCCCUGGAGAAAUAUAUGCGUGCAAAGAACAACCUGAAAGAUGUUUCCACUUCAAAAGGCAAAAACCUUCUCUUGGCAUGCUCUCUUAAUAUGAUGUCAUGUUACUUGAAAACCAAUCAGUAUGAUGAGUGCAUCAGCGAAGGAACAGAGGUUUUGGCAUAUGAUUCAAGAAAUGUCAAGGCCCUCUAUAGGAGGGGCCAAGCAUUCAAGGAAUUAGGGCAACUAGGAGAUGCAGUAUCGGACUUGAAGAAAGCAAAUGAAGUUUCUCCUGAAGAUGAAACGAUCGCAGAUGUCUUAAGGGAUGCUGAGGAAAGAAUGAGGAAGGAAGGGGUGGGGCGAUCAUCCAGAGGGUUAGUUAUUGAAGAAAUUACUGAAGAAGCCUCUGGAUCAUCGGACAACCCCAAACAUUUUCUAUCACAAGAACCCAGUCAAUGCAGUACAAAUCAAACUGACCUUAGGGAGCCUCGCCCAACUAGCUCUGAUUACCUGGGAUCUCUAAAGGAUGAUCCUGAGUCUAUCAGGUCCUUCCAGAAUUUCAUAUCUCGUGCUGAUCCUGAAACCCUAUCAGCUCUAAGUGGUGGGAAAAUUGACAGUGUGUCUCCCGAUAUGCUAAAGACAGCAUCAGAUAUGAUGAGCAAGAUGUCCCCCGAAGAACUAGACCGGAUGUUCAAAGUAGCUUCCUCAUUCCAGGGAGAGAAUUCAUUUCCAAAAAGUGGUUCGGGUUUGAACCCGGGAUCCAUUCCAUCUGACCUGUCACCCGAUAUGCUCAAGACUGCAUCUAACAUGAUGGCUAAAAUGUCACCAGGAGAGCUUCAAAAGAUGUUUGAAAUGGCAUCUUCUUUGAAAGGGAAUGAGGCAGCAGGUUUUCAUGCUGGCCCUGGUUCAGUUCCUCCAAACAUGAAUCCUGAAAUGAUUAAGAUGGCAACUGAGAUGAUGGGUAAGAUGUCACCUGAAGAACAAAAAAGGAUGUUUGAAAUGGCUUCAUCCCUGAGAGGAAAUGGAGGCACACCCAUGGCCGGAACUCCAUAUUCAGAUGGACUGGGAUCGGGUGACUUCAAAUUUCCAGAAAUUUCACAAGUAAAUGGUGGCAAUGGCGGUGAGAGUAGUUCCUCUCAAAGUUUGAAUCCAAGCUCGACUUCAGGCACUACCCAACCUAGUUUCCUAAAUUCUGGUGGUGAUUUACAAGAACAGAUGAGAAAUCAAAUGAAAGAUCCAGCUAUGCGAGAGAUGUUCACAUCAAUGAUGAAAAACAUGAGCCCGGAAAUGAUGUCUAACAUGAGUGAGCAGUUUGGAUACAAGCUUUCACGCGAAGAAGCGGAGAAAGCUCAACAAGCAAUGGCAUCUUUGUCGCCUGAAGCUUUGGAUAAAAUGAUGAAAUGGGCGGACAGGGUUCAACGAGGUGUAGAAGGCGCAAGGAAGACAAAGAAUUGGCUACUGGGAAGACCUGGCAUGAUUUUAGCCGUCUUGGUGCUUAUUUUGGCUGUUGUUCUUCACUGGUUCGGCAUAAUCGGUCAAUAGAUGUUAUACCAGGACACGACAAUGUUUGAGGUAAUUACUGUUGUUUUGGCUGAUAUAUAUAUAUAUAUAUAUAUAUAUAUACACAUGUAACAUUAGAUGAUAAAAGUACAUUUAAGUUUUAAGUUGUUGUCUAAGCGCAGACAAGAAAGAUUAUUCGUUGUUAUGAAUUGAAUUGACAUGGCUGGCAUGAUACUCUACUGAUUUUUGCUACAAUCCUAAUUGAUAGGAAAGAGUGAAUAAUUAUUCAAUAGUUGUAAGAAGAAUAAGAAUAUAAGAAUGAAUGAUGAUGUUAUUGAGUUUUGAUGAUAAAUAAAACCUUUGUUUGUUU